AUGAGACAGAUUUGUUUUAUGCUAUGGCUCCUAAUCGUACAAUUGCAUCUUGUCAAAUUGAAGGGUCAAAAAAAGCCUGUACUAGAAUUACUACCGCGUUUACAGCCAAUGCCAACGGUACCCACAAGCUUCAGCUCUUUUUUAUUGGGCAUGCAAAAAAACCUAGGUGCUUCAAAAAAAAAACUGGAGAAGAGCUUGGGGAAUCAAACUGUCACAUUUUGCUAAUCCUUGACAAUACCCCCUCACAUGUUACUGGAGCUUUUACUUUGACUAAUCGUGCAAUAGAUUGUGAUGAAGCUGGUGAGCAUGAUAUAUACGAAGUUGAUCAGCUACAAGCUAUGAGAUGGACAAAGGUUGCCUGGGGUGAAGUUUCUACUAAAACAAUCAAAAAUUGUUGGUUCUAUACAAAAAUUAUAUCUCCUUGCAAUGAUAAUGGAACACCUAUCACUCCUACUUUUGUUAAUAACAAUAAAGCUAUAAAUAAAUAUUUGCCUAUAGAUCCAAAUGAUGCCAAAAAACUUCAGCAAGUGAUUAAUACGUUGUGUGUUCACAAUCCAAUGUCUCUGGAAGAUUUGUUAAAAGCUGAAGAACAUGAAGAGUUACACUAG